GCGCGGAUAGUCCAAUGUGUUUCAGAGUGAAAUUCCCUCCCUCCCUCUGGGCAACAUCUGGGAGCAAGGCAAUGUCUCCCCCUUUGCAUUCCUCAUCCUGGGAGGGAGAGACAGGGAAAAGCUGUUCACUUGUAGCAACCGGAAUGAAUCCAGAGAGGAAGCAGGCUCUGCAAGGCUUGGCCCAGUAAUCAGAAUGAAGACUUUCAGAUCGAGUCCUGGUGAGCAUUAAUUCGGCAUUUUCAGGCGGAUUAGUUACAGAAGGGAAAGAAUAGAGGGAGACUGCGUGGGAUGGAGAUCUACAACGUUAUGUAAACAAGAGAUGAGAAAAAUGUUCCACAGAAACUGGAAAUGUCUGUUCUGAAUUUCUGUCAUGGACUGACCGUGAUUUUGCAAACUCCCUUUCACAGAAUUUGCAAACAGAAUUCUCGAGCCAGUUUAAAAGUCUGACCGCGUCUUGAUUCACCAGGGCUGGGGCUGAAUUACGGGGAGGUAUUUGUCUCUGUUCGGCGGAAUCCAUGAAUCCACGCAGAAGUGGGAAGGACGAGGAGGGAUUCCAGAUCCCGCAUCAGCACGUCCCCACGGGGGAGAGGCCGUUCACCUGCUCCGAGUGCGGGAAGGGCUUUCUUCAGUCAUCCGACCUGUGGAACCACCAGCGGGUCCACACGGGGGAGAGGCCGUUCACCUGCUCCGAGUGCGGGAAAGGGUACACUCGGUCGUCCUACCUGAGGAAUCACCAGCGGGUCCACACCGGGGAGCGGCCGUUCACCUGCUCCGAGUGCGGCAAGGGCUUCAAUCACUCGUCCCACCUCUGGGACCACCAGCGGGUCCACACCGGGGAGAGGCCGUUCACCUGCUCAGAGUGCGGGAAGAGCUUCAUCCAGGCCUCUCACCUGCUGACCCACAAGCGGGUCCACACCGGGGAGCGGCCGUUCACCUGCUCGGUGUGCGGCAAGGGCUUCCUGCAGUCCUGUCACCUGGUGGCGCACCAGGGUGCCCACACCGGGGAGAGGCCGUUCUCCUGCCCGCGGUGCGGGAAGCGGUUCACCCAUUCGUCCAGCCUGCUGAGGCACCAGCGGGUUCACAAGUGAGGGCAGGCGGCUGUGAAUCAGGCCCCGGUCUCCGUUCUCACAGCGGGGGAGGAUGCUGGCGUUACCGGCUGCUGGACUGGCCGCUCUCGAUGACGCUGUCUGCGCCUUUUACUUCUUGUGGCUCGUUGGCGGCAGGGUGUGUGUGUGGGGGUGGGGGGGGGGGGGGAGACGCUGGCUAGGCUGGCAUUCACUGCCCAUCCCUCGUUGCCCAAAGGGCACUCAAGGCUCUUUGAGUCACACAGUUUCCUAAAAGGCACCGUGGCGGGGCGGCAGUUCAGGGGUUAGCACGGCUGCCUCAAGGGCGCCAGGGACCCGGGUUCGACUCCAGCCAUGGGGCGACUGCCUGUGUGGCAU